GUUCUGACUGAUACUUCGUUUUCAUCAGUCGUAUUUUAAUCGUCAAAUAGUAUUAUCUUAUCAGCUGAAAUGUUCAGUUUCGUUGCUCGCAUCUGGUUGGCUGUCGUAUUGUUCGGCAUGGCCUCUGCAACGUUACCAUCGUAUAUAAAAGUAUGCAGUCGAAAGGAUCCCGAUAUAAACAAUUGUAUAGUCAAUUCAGUUGAUCAGCUUCGCAAAAAAUUGGCUACGGGAUUGAAAGAAUUAAACGUUCCCGCGAUAGAACCGCUUUACUUACCCCAUGUAUAUCUUACUAGAGGUUCUGGAUCGCGUAGCAAUAAGUUUGACGUCAAUAUCACGGAUCUACAAGUAUUUCAUAUUCCUGAAUUCCAAGUUAUUUGGUUCAAAGCCGAUCCGGAGAAAUUGAAGUUCGAGUUUCAAUUGUUGUUCCCGAAACUUGAUUUUCAAGGAAAAUAUAAGAUAAACGCAUCAUUUCUUCUACUCAAGCUAAUCGGAGAAGGAAAUUUGAACGGAACUUUCAAUGAUUACAAAGCAUCAUUUAUUCUCAAAGGUCAGAAAGUUGUUCAAAAUAACAUAACCUACGCGCACUUUACAAAAUUUAAAAUAAAUAUAAUCAGUGCAAACAAAACUCGCAUAUUUUUUGACAAUUUAUUCAAUGGCAAUGCAGUUCUUGGUAAGUUUCAAUAUUUUGCUUUACACGAAAAUGUUACGAAAGAAAUUUUAUCGAUUAGUAUAAUCCUUGUGAUUUUUGAUUGUAACAACUUUAUUUUCACAUUAGGAGCGGCAAGCAAUGAUCUUCUAAACAAUAAUAGCGAUUUAUUUCUGCAAGAAUUAAACCCAGCACUAGAGACCGAGGUGACAAAAAUUUUCUCGGAUAUCGCCAGUAAAAUCUCAUCCUCUUUUACUUAUGACGAAUUAUUUCCAGAUAUUUAAUUAUUGAGUUUUGAAUUAAUCUUCAAAAGUAUAUUUAUAUAUCUUAAUCUAUAUUUAUACACAUCUCUGUAUUUGUCUUUUAUAUCUUAAUUUUCUUCUUGUUUUCAAUUCGCAAAUAAAUUUCAGCUAUUUUGUUCGAAUAUAAUACUGUUUACCUUUAAUUAAUAUUAUUGUCGUGUUACAUUUACGAUAAUACGAUUCAGUCGUGCUACAUACAAAUGAGAAACGACAUUGUAAAAACUUUAACGUUUUACGACGCGAUAUACAUAUAUUUAUUGCACCAACUAAACAAAAUAAUUGUAUUUUCACAAAGUCUCUUACGUAAUACAUAA